GGUCACCACUGCAGACGCCUUACAUUUUCAGCCAUUUUUUUUUACAAUGGAGAUUCCAGUAUUUACUCUGGAUUCUUUCACCAAUUUACCUUUCAAGGGAAACCCGGCUGCAGUUUGUCCGCUGAUGCAUGAGCUGACUGAUGAAUUGUAUCAGAGGAUAGCAGCAGAGAUAAACCUGUCAGAAACAGCUUUCAUCACCAGAAUCAGACCCUCUGACGACUUCACCAAGGCAUCAAGGUUCUGCCUUCGAUGGUUCACCCCCACCACUGAGGUGAAUCUGUGUGGUCAUGCCACUCUGGCCGCUGCAGCAGUGCUGUUCAAGUAUAAGAAAAAUGUGAAUAGCACAUUGGUGUUUGAGACUAAGAGUGGAGAGCUGCUCGUCACCCAGCAGGGGGAAGGCUUUGUCAUGGAUUUUCCUCUCAACCCACCUACCAAGCAGGAUCCCAAUGAAUUUAGAGACAUCAUCAAGGUGGCAUUAGGAGGCCGACCAGUCCAGGAGGUUCAUCUGAACUCAAACACUAAGAAACUGCUGGUUAGACUGCCUGACGACUGUGACAGGUCAGUGCUAACUAGUCUGAAAGUUGACAGUGCCGCUCUUGAAUGCAGUGAGAGGAGUGGAAGAGUGAAAGGUCUAAUCAUCACUAUGAAAGGAUCUCCAGAAUGCCAGCCAGGAUACGACUUUUACUCCAGAUAUUUUGCUCCGUGGGCUGGUAUCCCAGAGGAUCCUGUCACUGGUUCUGCCCACACUGUACUUGGAAGCUACUGGUCUGAGAAACUUGGAAAGAAGAAAUUGUUGGCUUACCAGUGCUCCAAACGAGGUGGGGAGCUGGAACUAGAAGUGAGAGACGAUGGAAGAAUCAACAUAGCUGGACAGGUUGUCACUGUGCUGCAGGGAACAAUCACAGUAUAGCCAAAGACAGGUGCAGGCUAACAAGGACAUUCACCAUGUAACCAGCAGGGAAACAGACAGAGGCUUUACACCCUUUGAUGAAAACAAGGUUUAAAUAAAAGGGGGAAACGUUUA